GAGAGUAUGUAGUGAAGCAUUUCGACAGGUAUGACCAUGGGUUGUGCUGGUAUACUAGAUAUACUAGAUAUUAGUUUUGGUAGAAUGGGGACUCAGUUUGCGAGCUGAGGCCGAGUGUGGCUUCGUAUGCGUUGCUAGGUCUGGUCUCUCUUUUUCUGUCUUCUGGUUUGUAGCGUGGCGUGAGAUAGACACGUGUUUGGUCCUAACGAGAGAAUUAUGAGCAACAAAAGCAUCGAAGACUCGCUGCAUUUGCCAGAAUUAAGUUCAGGCAAUCAAGAACCAAACGAUCAAUUCACCAGCAAUGACGACUUACAAGGGGAUGAAUUUAGUUCUCCGACAUCAGAAGUGGGAUUCGGCCCUAACCAAACUUUGUCAAGGGAUGUCUUCGCGUUGUUGGAGCAACAAAACCGGAAUUUUCUGGAACUGGUUAAGAAACUACAGAUGCCGGCGAGCACAGUACAACAGACUGGCGAGAUUUGCUUGCCGAAAUAUAAUCCGGACAUUGCUGGGGUGGAUGCCACGCAGUGGUGCGCUACGGUCGACAUAAUUUUACGAACGAAACCGCUAAGUGACAGCGCUCUUAUAUUAGCGCUGAGUAAGGCCUUGGAAGGCACAGCGGCCCAGUGGUUGUCACAAAUAUGCUACCCAGGAAUAACUUGGCAUCAGUUCCGGCAAUUAUUUGAGCAGCGUUUCGAGUCUUCAGAGACGCCAGCCGCUGUUAUUUUUAAUCUUCUAAAUAGUCGCCCAAGGAACGGUGAGAGCUUGCCUGUUUUUGCGAGCCGCAGCGUGACGUCACUGUGCACAAAAUUGCGUAAUUUAAAUUGUGAACAAAUUUCCAUCGCUUUGAUUCUUGGGCAUAUGGCUAAUUUCGACCGGCGUUUACAACGAAUGAUACACACAACGCAUAUCAGCAAUCGACGUGAGCUGCAAUCGGAGCUGCAAGUAUUUUCUGCUCUGAAGGAGCGUCCUAUUGCACCAAACUGGGAACCGGAGACUAAGCGGGCUAGAACUGCGGAUCUAAAAUGUUAUCAGUGUGGAAAACCAGGACAUAAAAAGCAAGACUGUAGAUCUGGACUAGGAUUUCAGUUCUCGUCAACUGAAAAGGAGCGGCGUUCUGGGAAGUCUCAUCAUGAAAGGCCAAUUGUAACUUGUUACAGAUGCCAGGAGCCGGGACACAUUGCCACUAAUUGUCAAAAAAAAGUGCAGAAUACCGGAUUGAGAGUAAGAUCGGAAAAGAGAGUGGAGCUGUGCACUGUGGUGGAGCCUAAAUCGAGUAUGCUGGUUGAUGGUGAGAGAUUUCCAAUAACAUUUGAUUCGGGAGCUGAGUGUUCAUUAAUUAAAGAAAGUGUUUCUAAUAAGUUAGUUGGUAAGAGGAUUCAUAGCGUUAUCUCUCUAAAGGGAAUAGGCAAUGCCAAUACUUACAGCACUGUACAAGUUGAGUCAAACAUCAUGGUUGAUGGUAAUUCUUUAGUAGUUUUGUUCCACAUAGUACCAGAUGAAUGCAUGACGAAUAAUAUUGUAAUUGGCAGAGAAAUAUUGGCUCAAGGGUUUUCAGUAGAAGUGUCUUAUGAUAAUUUUAAGAUUAUUCAAACUAAAGCUGUGAAUGUUUGUGAAACAGUUCAACCUAUUGAUUUUGAUAACAUUGAAACUGAAGUGGUCGGAAAUGAAAAAGAAAUGUUAAUAUCAUUGCUAAAGCAACAUUCAAAAUCGUUUACAGAAGGCACUCCGCAAACGCGUGUGAGUACUGAGGAAAUGCGUAUUCGGUUGAUUGAACCGACUAAGACUGUACAAAGGCGGCCAUACAGAUUUAGUCCAUGCGAAAGGGAACUAGUACGAGUUAAAAUUAAUGAAUUAAUCGAGUAUAAAGUCAUCAGACCUAGUAGUUCACCUUUUGCUAGUCCUGCAUUAUUGGUAAAGAAGAAAAAUGGUACAGCAAGACCUUGCGUCGACUAUAGAGAAUUGAAUAAAAAUACAGUAGCCGAUAAGUUUCCAUUACCGUUAAUCUCAGAUCAAAUAGCUAGACUUAGGGGAGCUAACUAUUCCACUUCUCUUGACAUGGCUUGCGGCUAUUACCAGAUUUUAAUGCACCCCGAAUCAAUUGAAUAUACAGCAUUUGUUACUCCUGAUGGGCAGUACGAAUUUCUUUCGAUGCCCUUUGGCUUAAAGAACGCACCCUCAGUGUUUCAAAGAGCUGUACUGAAAGCACUUGGUAGUUUGGCUAAUUUCGACCGGCGUUUACAACGAAUGAUACACACAACGCAUAUCAGCAAUCGACGUGAGCUGCAAGCGGAGCUGCAAGUAUUUUCUGCUCUGAAGGAGCGUCCUAUUGCACCAAACUGGGAACCGGAGACUAAGCGGGCUAAAACUGCGGAUCUAAAAUGUUAUCAGUGUGGAAAACCAGGACAUAAAAAGCAAGACUGUAGAUCUGGACUAGGAUUUCAGUUCUCGUCAACUGAAAAGGAGCGGCGUUCUGGGAAGUCUCAUCAUGAAAGGCCAAUUGUAACUUGUUACAGAUGCCAGGAGCCGGGACACAUUGCCACUAAUUGUCAAAAAAAAGUGCAGAAUACCGGAUUGAGAGUAAGAUCGGAAAAGAGAGUGGAGCUGUGCACUGUGGUGGAGCUGUACUGA